AUGGAUCAAGCUAUGUCCUGGAAGUGUGCAGGAGUAGGCCCCAUUUCUCUAUUCAAUGUGUACUGUUUUUUUAACCAAACAUUUUGUAACGUAAACUCAAAGUGUUAUUAUCAUAAUUAACGACAAGGUUUACUAUGUUACUCUUUAUUUAAAAUGACAGUAUCAACAAAAAAAAUAUUUGUUACUGUUGGUACAACCACAUUUGACGAAUUAAUUAAAAUAGUACUUAGUGCAGACAUUUUAAAGGCAUUAUCCUUGAAAGGGUACAAUGAGCUAAUUUUGCAAAUUGGCAAGUCUACCCUUGAACCAGAUUGUACACCACGUAAUGGUUUUAUUAAAAUUGAAUAUUUUAAUUUAAAUCCAAACAUACUGGAGUAUGUGAAAAAUGCAGAUCUUAUCAUAAGUCAUGCAGGGGCAGGAAGCAUUCUAGAUGCUCUUGAAAAUAAAAAGAAUCUGAUCGUAGUUGCAAAUAAUAGUCUGAUGCAUAAUCAUCAGCUAGAAUUAGCAGAGCAACUUCAUUUGGAUAAACAUUUAUAUUAUGGCUCUUGUGAAACUUUAUUGAAUGUUAUCCAAACUAUGGAUUUUAUUCAAUUAAGACCUUAUGUUAAUAACAAAAGUGAAUGUAUUGCUGGAUUUAUAAAUCAAAUAAUGGGUUUUCCAAAUAAGAAAUAA